AUGAAAAGCCUGGUCUUUGUCUCGGGCCCCUCGGGCUCCGGGAAGACCACCUUGCUGCGGAUGAUCACCUCCAACCGAUUGCCCCAGCAGGGCACAGUGCUGCUGCCGCCGCAUUUGCGAGUGGUGCACGUGUCUUCUGUGCCCGCCUUUGUGAAGUCUAUGGGCUUGUAUGCGAAUCUAGUGUUCGGAGUUGUCCCUUCCCCGGACUACCCGAUUUACGCCAACCAAACGCGGGUCCUGAAGAUCCUGGAGCGGCUGAAGUUGCAUCAGAGCUGGGUCUGGCAGAGCACCUUGGAGGACAGCGCGGACGCGGUGCCGCAGCUGAGUGCCGAAGAGGAGCUGGCCGACGGGGAGGAGGAGCCCGAAGGGCAGCUCGCGAUCGAGGACAUGCCGGACACCCCGAUUCCCAGCGAGGAAGCCUGGUACAAUCGCAUGAGCCGCAGCGAGGCCAAGCGUUUGCACCUGGCGCGCGCCUUCAUCGCCAGCCCCGAGGUGCUGGUCUUGCACAGUCCACUUUCAGAUCUGGACAAGGAACUGGCCCAGGACCUGGCCGUCCUGCUGCGGGAGUUCGUGGAGGAGCGGGGCAUUGAGAUGGAUCCCAAGACGAAGCACCGACGCCGCAGGCGGACGGUGUUCUUCAGCGAGAAGCACUCCAAGGAGUUGGAGGAGAUGGCGGACUUCACCUGCGCACUAGGCGACCCCUUGGACAUAAAGCUGACGGCCAGAGAUAAAAGCCGCGAAGCAGGGGCCAGCUGGUGGGGCUGCAGCGGACCCUGA